GGCAAACUCAUAGACUGUGACAGUAGCAACCGGUUUGCAGUCCAAACAGGAGAUCACAGGAUUACCUUUUACAGUCCAAGAUGGCCGUCAACAUUCCAGGAGUCGUAGCCAUGUUCUUCUUCUACCUGCUGGUUUUCUGCAUCGGAAUCUGGGCUUACUUCAAGGGGCGAAGGGAACAGAGCGAACAUACGACCACUUUCCUGGAGAUGUCACUGCUGGCCAAUCGGCACAUCAGCAUGUUGGUGGGAGUCUUCACCAUGACGGCCACGUGGGUGGGAGGCGGCUUCAUCGUGGGCCUGGCCGAGAUGGUAUACACCCCCUCCAUGGGCGUGGUCUGGGCUGCUACGAUGGUAUUGGGAUUCAGCGCUUCGUUUAUGAUUGGCGGUGUCAUGUUCGCCCGGCCGCUCCGUGAAAGACACUGCGUCACCAUGAUGGAUCCUUUCCAGCGCAAGUACGGCAAAGUUCUGACGGGUGCUUUGUGUGUCGCGUCAGUCGCUGUGGACGUAUUGUGGGUUCCCACCACCCUUACUGGCCUGGGUGAUGUACACACACACACACACACACACACGUUGACUACACACACAGAUGUGGUUGUAGUGCAGCAACAAUGUGUGUGUGUGUGUGUGUGUGUGACAGGUGUAACCAUGAGCGUUGUUCUUGAUCUUUCCUUCACCGUUUGCAUUUGGAUCUCUGUGGGCGUGGCCAUCACGUAUACGCUGCUGGGGGGGCUCUACUCCGUGGCCUACACCGACGUCAUCCAGUUGCUGCUCAUCUUCAUCAGCCUGUGGGCUUGCGUUCCCUUCGCUGUGACGAAUCAACACGUGGUCCCUAUCGGUUCCACGCUGAUGAACAACACACAGCACGCUCCCUGGAUCGGUAGCUGGGAUGCCAACAACGUGUGGAUCCUUCUGGAUAAUUUCUUCUUCACGGCACUGGGGUGUCUGGGGUAUCAGGCGUUCCACCAGAGGACGCUGUCGGUGGCGUCUCCAGAGAGAGCCAAGCGUCUGUGCUUUAUCGCUGCCUUGUGCAUCCUCGUCUUCGGAAUUCCUCCCAUCCUGCUGGGGGCGGUGGCGUCAUCCACAGACUGGAACGCCACGUCGUACGGUUCUCCGUCACCGUGGGAGCGGGGGGAAGCGGCGCUGAUCCUGCCCGUGGUGCUGCAACACCUUACCCCGCCUUAUAUCUCCAUCAUGGGGAUCGGAUGCGUGGCCGCUGCCGUGAUGUCAUCGGCGGACUCCGCUCUGCUUUCAGCGGCGUCCGUGUUCUCUUUCAACGUCUACAAGAACAUCCUGCGACCGCAGGCAUCUGAACGAGAGAUCGAACGUGUGAUUCGCCUCAUCGUCGUGGUGGUGGGCGUGACAGGGGCGGCGCUCACCAGACUGCAAACCAGCGUCAUCCUUUUCUGGUUUAUGGGCAUCUACGUGUCCUACAAUGUCAUCUUCCCUCAACUCGUCUGCGUCGUCUUCUUCCACAUCACCAACGGUUACGGCGCCAUCUUGGGCGGCACGCUGGGCUUACUGAUUCAGUUGCUGUGCGGCGAGCCUCUGAUAGGCCUGGCCCCUGUCAUCGUCUUCCCGGGAAACACACUGGAAGACGGGACUCACGUGCAGCAUUUUCCAGUCAAGACCUUCGCCAUGCUGUGCUCUCUCACCGCCAUCUUGUUCUUCUCCUUCCUGGCGUCUCAUCUUUUCAACAGAGGACUACUUCCUGUCUGCUGGGAUGUCUUCCAAGUGAAAGCUGAGACGUAUGAUGCCCUGCCACAGCGCCCCCGGUGUGCGACCAGCAGCAAUGAUGCCUCUGAGCCCAUGAUGAGCACUGGAAGUCCAAUCAGCAGCUAGCAUCAUACAGGGGGGGCGCCGCCGUUCGCCACAAGGACAUCAUGUGGAAAAAUGCAAACAUGUUAGCAUGUAACAACUAAGUAGAAGAUAACAUGAUGUCAUCAAUAAAAGAAC